UCCUGACUGUAAACGAAAGUUAUGAAACAAUCCCGGACGUGAGAGACGGCCCCACGAUCAGAGGAGUUCAGAGGACUUCCUCCCCCGAGCCUCAGUGUUCUUCAACCGACGCUCACACACACACACACACACACACUCUGCUCUGUUGGACAAACUGGAGAGCAAAUCCUCCUGAAGUCUUUUCACAGUAAUCAACUACAGAGCUGCUGCCAACAACAUGAACCGCUUCCAAUGGGCUGAAGACGACUUUGAUCUGCCUGCUGGGGCAGUUCGACUCGGACCCUCUGAGCCUGCGCCAGUUAGUGGUAGAACCUACGUCAUGUACCACGGGACCACCAGGAAGAACGCUGGAUUGAUCAAGGCCACAGGUUUUCGUCAGUCUGCAGGUGGGAUGCUCGGCCGCGGCGUCUACCUCAGCAGAGACCUGAAGAAAGCGAGUCGUUAUCCCAUCGAACACCCUGAGAGUGACAGGGUCGUCAUUACGGUCGUGGUGAAAGUGGGAAAAGUGGUCGCCAUCAACCACCAGGGUCACCCACUUCAGAAGAGCUGGCAUGACCACGGAUACAACACCGCCUGGGUGCCACCCAACUGUGGGAUGGUGAAGAGCGGGUUGGAGGAGAAUUGUGUCUGGGAUCCCAAUCAUAUCACGAUCAUUAAACUCAUCCAACCAACCCCAGUCUCUAACUCAGUUCGGCUCGGACCUUCUGAGCCUGCGCCAGUUAGUUGUAGAAGCUACGUCAUGUACCACGGGACCACCAGGGAGAAGGCGUGGUCCAUCCAGGCCACAGGUUUUCGUCAGUCUGCAGGUGGGAUGCUCGGCUGCGGCGUCUACCUCAGCAGAGACCUGGAGAAAGCGAGUCGUUAUCCCCUUCGUCACCCUGAGAGUGACAGGGUCGUCAUUAAGGUCGUGGUCAAUGUGGGAAAUGUGGUCGCCAUCAACCACCAGGGUCACCCACUUCAGAAGAGCUGGCAUGACCACGGAUACGACACCGCCUGGGUGCCACCCAACUGUGGGAUGGUGAAGAGCGGAGCGGAGGAGAAUUGUGUCUGGAAUCACAAACGAAUCCAGAUCAUUGCGACCAUCCAACCAACCCCAGUCUCUAACUCGGGUUGGUAUGGUAAUAUGAGGCCAAUCUUGCAGGACCUGCAGAAGGGGAUCCCAAUAGGGUGCGCCAUCUGGCCCAUCCUGUCUGUCAUGGGUAUGAACCUCCUCAUCUCAGCAGCAGAACAUGUAACUGUUGGAGUGUUGGAGACGGGUUUCGUCCAGCCUGCGCUACGAGGGUUCAUGGACGACAUCACAAUCUAUGUGUCUAAUGUCCAAGCAAGAUGGGCAUUGGAAACCCUGGACAAUGAAGCCACUUGGGCGAGGAUGACCUUCAAAGGACUGCCCCCCCCCCCCCCCCCCCCCCCCGAGCCUGAGUGUUCUCAAAACGACGCACACGCUCACACUCUGCACUCUUGGACAAACCUGCUGAGUCUUUGUACAGUAGCGAACAACAGAGCUGCUGACGCCGACAUGAGCCGCUUCCGAUGGGCUGAAGACGACUCUGAUCUGCCCUCUGGGGCAGUUCGGCUCGGACAUUCUGAGCCUGUUAGUGGUAGAACCUACGUCAUGUACCACGGGACCACCAGGGACCAUGCCUGGUCCAUCCAGGACACGGGUUUUCAUCAGUCUGUGGGUGGGAUGCUCGGCCGCGGCGUCUACCUCACCAGAGACCUGGAGAAAGCGAGUCGUUAUCCCAUUGGUCACCCUGAGAGUGACAGGGUCGUCAUUAAGGUCGUUGUGAAAGUGGGAAAAGUGGUCGCCAUCAACCGCCAGGGUCACCCACUUCAGAAGAGCUGGCAUGACCACGGAUACAACACCGCCUGGGUGCCACCCAACUGUGGGAUGGUGAAGAGCGGAGCGGAGGAGAAUUGUGUCUGGAAUCCCAAACGAAUCCAGAUCAUUAAACUCAUCCGACCAAUUUCAACCAAUGACGACGAUGAGGACCCAGUUAGUGAUAGAACCUACGUCAUGUACCACGGGACCACCAGGAAGAACGCUGGAUUGAUCAAGGCCACAGGUUUUCGUCAGUCUGCAGGUGGGAUGCUCGGCCGCGGCGUCUACCUCAGCAGAGACCUGAAGAAAGCGAGCCGUUAUCCCAUCGAUCACCCUGAGAGUGACAGGGUCGUCAUUAAGGUCGUGGUCAAUGUGGGAAAAGUGGUCGCCAUCAACCACCAGGGUCACCCACUUCAGAAGAGCUGGCAUGACCACGGAUACAACACCGCCUGGGUGCCACCCAACUGUGGGAUGGUGAAGAGCGGAGCGGAGGAGAAUUGUGUCUGGAAUCCCAAACGAAUCAUGAUCAUUGAAAUCAUCCGACCAACUUCAACCAGUGACAAAGAAGAUGAUGACGAAGACAAUGAAAAAGACAAUGACGAAGACAAUAACUACGACCACAUUUACUACGAAGACGAUGACGGCGAAGACGAUGUCGACAGAGACCAAUCAACCUCUGAAUGUGUGAUCCUGUGAACAUGUGAGCUCUGCAAGCUAUAACCUUUUUAUUAUGUAUGUUCAGAUGUAAUUGUAACCAGCAAAAUAAACGUCAUGGUAAAUCUGCGAAGCUGUUUUAACAAAGUGUCAUGAAAAUAUUUUCAUCUUGAAAAAUCUGCCUCUGAAACAAACGCUGCCACCUGUAUACAGUGGAGGUGAAUCAAAUUUUAUCGACAAUAAAAAGAUUUUAAAUCGA